CGUGAGAACAGAGCCUGCUCCUCAGCCCUCAGCACCUCACACAGGACGUGAAUCUCAGCACUGCCCACCUCCGCUUCAGGUGCCAGAUGGGAAGGAUUGUCUUUGUCAGACCUUCAAUACGUGGAGCUAACUGCAAAUAAAAGUACUCAGACGUGAGAUAAAAGACGGGUAUUUGCCUCCUUCAAAGCCACCACGUGCAGGCUAAAGAGGAACCAGCACUGACCACACCACUGAGCAAACCAGCAUACAAACACAAAGGACAAUGAGUCUCCUAAAGGAACGAAAACCAAAAAAGCCGCACUAUAUUCCACGGCCCCCAGGAAAACCCUUCAAGUACAAAUGCUUCCAAUGUCCUUUCACUUGCAAUGAGAAGUCACAUCUUUUCAAUCACAUGAAGUAUGGUCUCUGUAAAAACUCCAUCACCUUAGUGUCAGAGCAAGAUCGCAUUCCCAAGUGCCCCAAGUCUAACUCACUGGACUCUAAGCAGACCCAUCAACCAGAGCACAUCUCAAAGCCAGCCACUUCCAAGUCCCUCUCAAAUGGACUCUCCAGCUUUGAUCUGAAGGCUCAGCAGGGCUUUGUCAAGGAAGAUGCCAAGGAGAACCUUGAACUACAGGCACGGGGGACCCAAAAGUGUCCACAGAAGCCAGCCCAUCAGAAGGAAAUAGCACCAGAAGCUAUUCUGAGCUCUCAGCCCAGCCUAGACAGUGGGGUUAGACCUUCAGCAUUUGUUCCAGUCGGGGAGCACAGACUUAGGGGGCCAGAAGAUACAGAAGCUCCUGAAAUACUGGCAUUAACCAGCCCCAGUGCCAAAGCCACCUCUUUCCAUGCCAAGUCUGCAUUUCAUGCUCCUGGCUACCCUUGGAAAGCUGGCUCCCCAUUCCUCCCACCUGACUUUUCACAUAAAAUACCAUCUACAAAGGGGUUCAGUGCCAUCUCCCCUUAUGUUCACCCUGCAAUCCCAGAGUACCCUCCUCCCUUCUACACAGAGCAUGGGCUAACUGCCAUUUACUCCCCCUACCUAUUGGCUGGUAAUGCACCUGAGUGUGACACCACCCUGCUGUCUGUCUAUGGGGCCCAAGACCAAAGACACUUCCUUCCUCACCCAGGGCCAAUCCCUAAGCACUUGAACCCAUCUCCAUCAACAUAUGAUCACUAUAGAUUUUUCCAACAAUACCACUCUAAUCUCCCAAUUCCUUAUGGAUUUUACAGACCAGAGUCUGCAUUUUCCUCCUAUGGUCUCAGGCUCCCACCUGUCACUGGCAUUACACGAGACCAGAGCUCUCGCUUUCAUGAAGAAACCACCCUGGCCUACCCGGCCUCAAGUCCUUCAGAGUUAAACCUUUCAAAUUCCCACAAAAAGCACACAGACUAUGAGAAGGAAAGUCCAAUUCCUGAGGCAAAAGACCCUUCCAAAGAUGGGCAGAGGGACACAGAAGGGGCCAAAAUGAGCCCUCGUGCAGGCAGCGCUGCCACUGGCUCCCCAGGGAGGCCAAGCCCUACCAACUUCAUGCAGACAAGCCAGACCUGUGAAGGCUUGUGUGACCUCUCAAACAAAGCAGCCUCCUCAGGAACCUUGGAGAGACUCCAGCAGCCAGAGCAGAGCCCCACAGCCUUUAAGCCUAUCCAGAGGAGUACAGAAUGCUCUCACUUCCAACCUCCUGCAAAUAGGACAGAGUCACCAAAAAGCCUCCAGGACAUGAAUGGAGACCCUUCAGCCCAAACAGAGAGCACCUCUCUUAUCACAGAGGUCCCACCCUCCAGCCCAGAGGAAUACUCCAAAAUAAGCCCCCUCAACCUCUCUAAGAAGUCAGAGACAAACCCUGCAGCCUCCCAUGGACCUAUGUAUUCAGGCAGUGCCCAGGCAGAAAGCCUGGGCUUCUCAGAGCUGCAAGACCUGCCUCUCAAUCUCUCUGUGAAGGACACCUGCAAUUCAUGGACUCAAAGGCCUAUCCUUCCCAGCCCACCACAAGCUACAGAACCUGCUGCUGCUGCUGCUGAAGAAGAAGAACAAGAAGAACAAGAAGAAGAAGAAAAGACUGAGAAAAAAGGUUCUGCAGAUGGGUCAAGCCAUGUGGAGUCACAAGACAAGGAUCCCAGCAAGAAGGUCCCAAGUGCACAUAUGGUAGAUAGCAGUGAUGAACAAAAGCAGACAGCAGCUGUGGCCCUCUGUCAGUUGGCAGCCUACAGCCCAGGGAAUGUCCAAGUUGGUGAUGGAGAGCCCACAGCCCAGGAGUCCAACCGUCAAGAUGUACAUACCCUCAGUUCUACAGAGAACCAGGGGGCUCAGUGUGGCCUCAAACCCAAAGGACAAAAGAGGACAAGUCAAAGGGAUGCAGGAAAAUCCCAGCAAGGAACUAAAAAGCCAAAGCCAAAUAACAUGGUACCAAGAGUGUUCACUCUGCGCAAAAGAACCCGGGUGUCUUGAGGUUUCAUAUGUACAGAGCUGUGGCCAUAAACUUGACUCCACACCAAGGGCACUUCCAGCCUCUUGAAGGGACUGAACCACUAACCAAACAGCACAAAACCACAGCGUCACCUCUCUACCUCUACCCAACAGUGGCCUGAGGCUCACGAACCUUCU